AUGUCGCGUCCAACCGUUCUCACCUCCGACCUCACCUCCGGCCUACACCUCCUACCUACACCUCCUGCCUCGCCCCCACAAUGGCGAAGCUCUUUAGGUCGAACAGCACUACCACCUGCUUUUAUUGUCAAUCUGCGAUUGUUCCGCCUCCCCGAAAUCUUCAUUCUUUUCGGUGUCCGCACUGCGACUGCUGGAACCGUCAUUUGCAAAGCGAGGAAGGACCGUCUACCCAGUGUUUAUGGAAGUGGAAUGUUCUGUCAUACAUGUCAGACAAAUCAGAUGCUCUUGUCAAAUUUAUUGUCCAGUUACCUUCCUCCUCCAGAUGAUCUUGAGUAUGAGCAGCGUGCUGCUCUGCUUCCAGAAUACAAACGGUCUAUCGAAGCACGCUAUCCUCCAAUUUGUGCAGAUUGUGCGCCUGCAGUGGAAGAGGAGAUACGCAAGCGCGAUCAUAUGGCCCAAACCCGAGCUCUUGGUGCUUUCCUACGCGAAAGCAAUCCCACCAGGCGCAAUACGACACAAACACAGUACGAGAAGGAUCGACUGUCCCGCGAGAUUGUAUUAUGGAGAAUACGAGGAGUUUUAUGGAUGGCGUCCCUCUUUGGCACAUUAGGAGCGCACUCAGCGGUCGCAUCUGGUUAUUGGACAACUCCCAUUCCGGGUUAUUGGAAGAUAGCUCUCCCUUUGAUAACUUCUCUGUCUCUGUUAUGGACUGCAUGGGACCCAACAUAUGCGUCGCUUAGAAAGGCCCAAUUCCAAGGUCGAGCCAUACGCCAACGCGGUAAAAAAGAAUACAACAUUUUACAAUUUGGAGCCUGGCUUGCCAGAUGUCUCACAUCAUCAAUAUUUGUCUGGUCCUGGUAUAAACCCGAUUGGGUCCUGUCGCCUUCUUCAGUGAAAACAUAUAGUUUUGUCUCGUUGGGAUUUGAACUGCUCAUCGUGGCCUUUUCAUGCCUGGUCCUGCGUUUAGAACGACCACCACCAGUUCGAUUGGCAACAGACCCGUCUGGCAGCCUUGCGGCCUUAGCAUCUGCACCCGCAUCUCGCAGCAUUACGCCAACUGUCGAAUCUGAUCUUCUUGCUCCUCUCACAUUAUCACAAAAGCCUUUCACGGUUGCACCCCCACCAAGUGCGUCGACGACGGCUCCUAUAUUUGGUUUACCUUCUUUGACCACUGCUUCUCGAUCGUCAUCCGCCCCUCCUCAAACGGAUGUUUUCACUUCGAUGGAGAUCGAGGAUGACGAUGACAUUCAUGGCUUAUCCUCUCACAAGGAUCCCAAUGCCAUGGAUUGGUCUCCAAUUCGCCCGUCCUCGUCACGAAACAUAAACAGUCGCUUUGGGCAGGAUUCUGAUGGCGGGCUGCUUCGUCCACAACGGUUUUUCGCACCUGAAGAGCCAACCGGAUUAGAAAAUCUCUUCGCGGAGACUAUUAAUCUGGCUGAUGAUAAUGAGCUCGGGGACGCGCAAGUUGAUGGGUGCAAAUCAAAGCCCGUUCAACUUGUCGUCGCCACCGUCUCCACCUUUUUCUUCACCGUACUGGUCCUGUGUAGUUCAUUCAUCACGACUACGUUACUGUCGGACGACGGAGAGACAUCGUAUUUAUACGGAUUCCACUCCCCAUUUGAUACCAUCCAGAAUCUUGUCCGUGCGACUAUCCGUAUAUUUGUUGACGAUAGCCUGCUCGACGAGUCCGUCUUGGGCGGCUCCCGGUGCUAUCCAAUGGCUACCAAUGUCCGUCCCCUGGGAAAGCCUCCUGGCUUGCUAAAGCGUCUUGUGGGUCGUUUCUUGCUCGGUUUGCCUGUAGUAGGAGCGGGCUCGAUAGCACAUAUGCUAUUUUCUGUGCCCCUACCGUUCCACUGGGUCAGAUUUCGUGCAAAUAACCGAGGACGAGAAUCUAGAGAUGUCGUCACGCUGCUAGUGGUCGCAAUGGUCUUAAUGGGUGCCGCGAGAGCACUUUACAAAGUAUUCCGACUUACCGAAGGGUUGGCGAAGCGAUUGUUGUUGCGUGCUGAGGACGCAAUUUUGGAGGUGGCUUAA